CUCUCUCCCUCCAUAUAUGAACUCCACCUCCACCCCUGGUUCGUCCAUGCUUUCUCUCAACCAACACCUAAUGCUCUUCAUGUUUCUUCAAAAUUCACAUUUUAUCUUCAAUUUCUGAACCACACAUUCAAUCAUCUCGCUCUUCCGGUUCUCAUUUCCUCCUAUUCACCUCUGAAUUUCGGGCAUCUGUUUGUUUGCUACAAUGGGGGUUGAUUUAGGGUUAUUGAUGGGGAAGAUGAAUACUUCAUCACUAGGUGCAUCUGAGUAUGCUGCUGUGGUGAAUAUGAACCUGUUUGUUGCUCUUCUGUGUGCUUGUAUUGUGAUUGGUCAUCUUUUGGAGGAGAGUAGGUGGAUGAAUGAGUCAAUUACUGCUCUUCUGAUUGGUCUGUGCACAGGUGCUAUUAUUUUACUAAGCACUGGAGGAAGAAAUUCACAUCUGUUUGUGUUUAGUGAAGAUCUUUUCUUCAUUUAUCUUCUUCCGCCAAUUAUUUUUAAUGCUGGGUUUCAAGUAAAGAAGAAACAAUUUUUUCGCAAUUUCAUGACAAUUGUGCUAUUCGGUGCUGUUGGUACUGUGAUAUCCUUCACCAUCAUAUCAUUUGGGGCUAUACAAAUUUUCAAAAGAAUGAAUGUCGGUUCUCUUGAACUAGGAGAUUUUCUAGCAUUAGGAGCAAUAUUUUCCGCAACAGAUUCUGUUUGCACUUUGCAAGUGCUCAAUCAGGACGAGACCCCUUUGUUAUACAGUUUGGUGUUCGGGGAAGGUGUAGUGAAUGAUGCUACAUCAGUUGUGAUUUUCAACGCAGUCCAACACUUUGAUUUAUCUCGGAUCACAACAAGCGAUGCGUUUCAUUUAAUCGGGAAUUUUUUCUAUUUAUUCGUCACAAGCACAUUUUUAGGAGUUGGUGCUGGGCUACUAAGCGCAUAUAUCAUAAAAAGACUAUACUUUGGAAGGCAUUCAACGGACCGAGAAGUCUCUAUCAUGAUUUUAAUGGCUUACCUUUCAUAUAUGUUAGCUGAAUUAUUUUAUUUGAGUGGCAUUCUUACGGUUUUCUUCUGCGGAAUUGUGAUGUCUCAUUACACCUGGCAUAACGUCACCGAGAAAUCAAGAGUCACAACCAAGCAUGCUUUUGCAACAUUAUCGUUUAUUUCCGAGCUAUUUAUCUUUCUUUAUGUUGGUAUGGAUGCUUUGGAUAUCGAAAAGUGGCACUUUGUACAAGACAGCCCCGGAAAAUCAAUUGGAGUGAGCUCCAUUUUAUUGGGAUUGGUUUUACUUGGAAGAGGAUGCUUCGUUUUCCCGUUAUCAUAUUUAUCCAACUUGACAAAGAAGAACGAAAGAGAGAAAAUCAAUUGUAGACAGCAAGUUUUGAUUUGGUGGGCUGGUCUUAUGAGAGGUGCGGUUUCUAUGGCUCUUGCCUAUAACCAGUUCACUAAGGGAGGCCAUACAACGUUACGUGGGAACGCAAUCAUGAUAACAAGUACUAUCACCGUUGUUCUAUUUAGUACAAUGGUAUUUGGAUUGAUAACUAAGCCUUUAGUGAGACUGUUGCUGCCUCCAUCCAGAGUCAUGUCCCGAAUGGCUUCCUCUGAGCCUGUAAGCCCGAAAUCUUUCAUUGUUCCUCUUCUAGGAAACGAGCGGGACCCAGAAGCUGAAGCGGGCCAGACCAGGUCGGCACUCCACCCUUCAAAUUUACGGGUGUUCUUUGCAAAACCUUCUCACACAGUUCACUAUUACUGGAGGAAAUUUGAUGAUGCUUUCAUGCGUCCGGUUUUUGGUGGUCGUGGUUUCGUACCAUAUAUUCCGGGAACGCCUACAGAACAAAGUGUUCAUAACUUGAUCCCUGAAGAAGGCAGUAGUUGAAAGAUGCUACCAUGGUGCUGAAUUUAUUGUUGUUUUUAUAGAGGUUGAAAAUUCGGAUUGUUUAAUCCAGUUUCGUUUUUGUAAAUUAUGAGGUUGAUAAAUUGGAUUUUGUUGUUUGUUUGUUUUGAAUAUAUAUCUAGCAAACAUGAGUCUUUGAUUUUGUA